AUGCGUUCCAACACCUUAAGGACCUCUUUGGUCAUGGCCGCCUUAGUCCUCAACGUCUCAGGUUCCGCUUUGCUCAACAGAGAGGCGGGCAUUAGCGAAAGAAACACUGAGGAAGUCAGUCUCUUCCACAGAAUGGUAUCUGCUUUCUCUGUCCCUCGCUCCGUCUACGCCCGCCAGGACGACGUCGACGUCGUCGAGGAGGUCGACGUCGUGGAGGUUGACGAGCGCGGCUUUCAGAUCCAGAAGCGUUUUCCUCAAGACAAUGUCGACGUCGUCGUGGAGGUCGACGUCGUGGAGGUUGACGAGCGCGGCUUUCAGAUCCAGAAGCGCUUUCCUCAAGACGAUGUCGACGUCGUCGUGGAGGUUGAUGUCGUGGAGGUUGACCCGCAGCGCAAGCGUUUCCCUCAGGACGAUGUUGAAGUCGUCGAGGAAGUCAUCGAGGUCGUAACCGAUGCUGCGAUCAACAGGCGCGGAGCAGCCAGCACCGUCGGCGCCGACGACAAAGCCAACUCGGCCAACAAGGCCGCCUCAGCAUCUGUCAAGGCCGCAUCCGCCAGUGUUGCCGCCGCCGCCGCCUCCGUCUCGUCCGAGGCCGCCGCACUCUCUUCCGAGGAGGCUGCUGUCUCCAGCGCUGCUGGCAAGGCCGCUUCCGUAGCUAGCUCGACUGCUGCUCCUGCUAAGACCACCGCCGCUGACAAGGCCAAGUCGAGUGGUGCUGAUAACAAGGCCGCUUCCACCGGGAAGAACAAGGCCGCUUCUACCCACGCCGCCUCCACCGACAAGGCCGCUGCUGCCAAGUCCUCGGGUGCUGCUGACAAGGCCGCUUCCACUGCUGCUGCUAAGUCUUCGGCUGCCAACAAGGCCGCUUCCACCGCUGCUGCCAAGUCCUCCGCCGCCGACAAGGCUGCUAAGUCUUCUCAUACUAAGUCCUCCGCCGCCAAGUCCUCCGGCGGUCCCGUCUCAACCGCAACCGUCAAGGGCGAAGCCAAGUCCGUGACUGUGUCUGCUACCGUCUCUGCUACCGUCACCGCCAAGGCUACUGAGUCUGCUACUGUCACUGCUACGGCCACAGCUACCGAGUCCGUUUCUGUCACGGCCACUGCUACCGCUACCACCACCGCUACCGAGACCGCGACUCCCACUGUCACUGAGUCUGCCAAGAAGAAUAACGUCGCUUCAUCUGGUGCCGCUUCCUCCGGUGCUGCCUCCGAGUCCGCCGCUCCGUCCAAGGGCGCUGAUAACAACGAGGAUAACGCUGGCGACGACGGCCAGGAUGACGGCGAGGGUGAGGGCUAUGAUGCCGGCCAGUCCGCCGCUUGGCCCAAAGCCACAGCCACCGCCGGCGCCGCUGGUGGCGAGCAAGAUGGAAAGGGAGGAGACGAGGAACCCUGCCCUGAAGGUGACGCUGCCAGUGCCGCCGCUGGAAAUGGUGCUGUUUGGGGAACCGGCUACGGUGCUUAUGGCGGCCAUGGCGGCUGGACCAAGCCCACUGGUCACCCUGCUGCCGAGGCCACCGGCGCUGGUGGUGCGGACGGCAAGAACCGCGAUGGAUUCGCGGAUGUCCAGAUUGCUGCCGCGGCUGGCUACAAGGUCGAUGCCAAGAUUGCAUUGGCUGUUGGUCUUGCUGGGCUGAUGGUCUUGCAGCUUUAA